AUGCCUCCGGCCUUGGCCCUCCUGCUGCUGCUGGGCCUGGGCGCCCGCGGAGGCGGGGGCUGCCUGCAGUGCGAGGUCACGGUGGUGGAUGCCCUGAAGCAGCUCCGCGGGGCCCUCAUCCCCCAGCGCUUCCACCUGCAGGAGCUGCGCACCCGCGCGCAGGUCCUGCUGUUGGCCAUGGAGGGGCCUUUCUUCCGGGACUACUCGCUGCACGCGUUUGUGGGGAAAGUGGGCUUAGAUCCUCUGGAACAGGUGGUGACCUUCCUCAGGAAUGAAACGAACACCGUGCAGCGGAGUUCUCUGAGAGGAUUUUCUGACAUGCAAGUUGCAUCUCCCAUGAGAGGUGAGAAAGAGAAAGGAGCAAAAUACCAAGAUUUGGGGACUAAGAAAAGAGAAUCCCGGCCCCGCCUUCUGCUAUGCUGGAGAAGACUCUGGAGCUGGAAGAGCGCUGACAAGAGAAUAUCAGAGGUGCAGUGUGGCAUUUAUUGAGUGUGCCUUGCAAGUGGAGAUCCUGAGUGGACAG